AUGAUUCCAGUUCUUCAAACAAACAAUGGUCUGAGUUUAACAGGAUUAACAACAACAGCAGCUCAUCUAGUCAGGCAAGCCAACAAGGAAUCUUUGCUGGGGAGCACUGCCGAAGAAAAAGCAGUUGUGCAGCAGUGGUUGGAAUACAGGGUCACUCAUGUAGAUGGACACUCCAGGAAAGAUGACAUCCGCAUUCUGCUGAAGGAUCUUAAUUCUUAUCUUGAAGACAAAGUCUACCUUACGGGCUAUAACUUUACUUUAGCUGAUAUUUUGUUAUACUAUGGACUUCACCACUUUAUAGUUGACCUGACAGUUCAAGAAAAGGAGAACUAUCUUAAUGUGUCUCACUGGUUUUCCACAUUCUGCAUUACCCAGUAUCAAGCAACAUCUGACCAGUGUUGUCUUCAUCAAGAACAGACUGUAUACCAACUCCCAUGAGAA